UUGUGCGGUAAACAGAAAGCGCGUCUUUACUUGGGGAAUUGACCAAAACGUAGCUCUUAAACAUUGCCCCAGCUGACCUCCAAGAGCAGACACUACCGUCGUUCAACAAGAGGAUCAGGAUGAGCGAGAGCAGUGACCUCACAGACCAUGUGACCUGCACCAUCAAGGCUUCUGUGAACCUACAGAUCGGCGACACCAAAACAGAGAUUUCCCAGUCGGGUGUGUCCGUGGUCGACAUCAACCUGCCCUUCGGAAAGACUGUCAAUAUCGAGGACAUCACCUUUAAGAACUACUACUGUGCCUUUGUGAGCGUGCGGGUCCUGAAGCGGACCCCCGGCCAGGAGGCCCAGUGGUCCACGGCCCUCAGGGACCUCCCUCUCAUGGAGAACCCCCACACCGAGGCCGGGUCACAGGACUACUACUCCAUCCACCGGGACCAGAUGCUGCUGGUGCCCGACGACGUGGUGUCAGUCAGACUCGUCCUGAGACAGCCCUCCUCAGCCUGGCUGACCUUUAACCUGGAAGACAUCAAAAUACACCCGCACACCCAACCGGCCCCUGUGAAAGAAGUUUCCGAUUGGUUGUCGGAUUUAACCCUCGUUGACCAACACCUGAAUAUGGAGGGUCUCCCGGACCCCCAGGCCGUGUCGUCCAGCAUCCAACAGAUGUGGGCGUUGACCGAGGUGAUGCAGACCAAUCAGACCACCGCGUCCAUCGGCCGCUUCGACGUGGACGGAUGCUACGACAUCAACCUGCUCUGCCUGACCUGAGGCCGGUGGUCGUACGGAGGCUGGCUGGAGCCAGGAUGGAGGGCUGUCGGAGAGACUGAGCCAUGCAUGUCCUUGUGUCACACGUACUGAACACAGCCAGGGGGAGGAACAGACAAUGACCAAAUGUGGUCUUGCUCCGUCACAAAGUGAGGUUAUAGGAACCGAACUGUCCAAUUCUGGCCGAUCACAUGACCCUGGCCCUCAGCCAAUCACAGACACUCCUUACAUUUUAUUUUGUGUAUCAUUAGAGAAACCGAAACGUCUUUGGAGAGAAAUAAAAUCAUACAAUGUGAAAUAUUCAACACAUGGAAUUAUAUAAUGGAUAUCAUCAAACAUUGUUCAGUAUUGUGACGUACAUGUAUAACGUAAGGUUAAGAAAUAUAUAAUACUAGUGCAUUUAUACUAAUAUUGCACUAUCUAACACAUCUAAUACACGAUAACACUAUAAAUAACAGAGAAGUGAAUAUUGCAUUGGUCAUGCUUCUGAGAUUGUAAUAACUGCAGGGGGUUCGUUGUCCAUCGUUGGGGCCGGUUGGUCUAGUGUUAAGGAUCUAACUCCCUGCCUACCUGCUUUUUAUGAGCUGAACACUCACAGACUAAAUAGUAAUAGCUGCAUGGGGGUAUUAAAUGUCCUGUUUCAUCGCUGGCCAGAGGGCACUGAGAACUCUGCGGAGGGCUAUUCAGAGAUUAGAAUCAGAGCUCUCGGAGGUUCUGAGCUCUCUCUGGGACUCUGAGGGCAUCCACACCAUCUUGAGCAUGUCUCUGUUCAUUUGUACCGAGUGUACCAGAUCACCAGCAUUGGGAAACUGCUGAGAAGAUACCAUUAUAGUUGGACUCUUCAUUAGCAUUUUCCUAGCGUAUCGCAGCUAAUCCAAAUGCUUGUUCAACUAAUGUUUAUAUAUAUAUAUAUAUAUGUAUUUAAACACAAAUAAUGUCCUAAUAAUGUAGUAAUAGUAAUGUUUAAGAUAAGGUUUACCCUAAUCAAUCCCAGGUGGGGCAUAUAAGAAAGUAUUACAUGAUUACAAGUUACAACUGAAACCCUCAGUUUAAGUGUCUUUUCAUCUGAAUACCGCCGUGUAUACCAGCCACCACCACCAGGGGGCAGUAAAGACUAUUACAAAAAAUAAGACGGAUGAGAGCAGAAGACUAUUUUGUUGCGUUAUUACAGUUUCCUCUUUUUUUAUUUUUGACAGCUCUGUGCCUUUCAUGUAUUCUCAUUUGUCGGCCGUGUCUAAAUAAAUGAUAGCGCUGGUGUGCCGUAGAGUGCAUGACUGAGCAGCUCAUUAAUAUUGAAUGUUGAAGGAUUCAUAUGGGGAUGGCUUUGCUCUACUUAAGUAGCAUGUGCUAUUUUUAUUAGCCUGAACUUAGCUCGAAAAAAGUCAGUUCUCUUCCUUCCCUCCUUCAUCCUUUCUUCUUCAGGUGGCAAUGUCUGCUU